AUGAAGGAACUAUAUUAUCCCGGAAAAAACCUCUCUCUGGACGAAUCUAUGGUUUUAUGGCGAGGUAGACUAUUGUUCCGGCAGUACAUCGCAAAUAAGCGACAUAAAUAUGGAUUGAAACUGUAUAUGUUGACAGAGCCAAAUGGGCUUAUACUGAAUUUUGCAGUUUACACCGGCCAACUGGAUGAGAUGGGCGCUAAAGGCCAUGCACAAAAAGUUGUUCAGCACGUAGCAAAAGAUUACCUCAACAAAGGACAUUCUAUUUAUAUGGAUAAUUAUUACAAUAGCUGCCAAUUAGCUAGAACCUUGAUAAACCUUAAAACAUACUGUACUGGAACUCCACGCAGUGAUAGGAAAGGUGGCCCUGUUGAACUUUCGAAAAGUAAACUGAAAGUUGGGGAAUCAAAAACCCAGUAUUCAGAUGGUAUAAUGAUCGGAAACUGA